AUGGAUGAUACCACCGCCGGUACAGAAGAAGGCCUAGGCCCAGCAAAGACUUUGGAAACAACCCAGGUCCAAGAUCAAUACAUCAAGCUACUUCUGAGAAAGAUAGCAUUGCUUGAGGAACGUCUCCCAGCAGCUAAUAAUGACGAUCAUGCGUCACAGAAGAAUGACCGCCCACCUGAGGUACCGGUUGAGAAGGAGGAUGCAAACGAAGAAGAGGAACCCCGAUAUGUUAUCAUCGUGAACAAAUGGGACCCAGACACUGGAGAAUACAAAGAUGACGAUAUAACGAAGAGCACCGAACAGAAGGAGAUAGGACCGAAACCUCAAAGCCGUAGAGCAUUCACAUUUCGGAAGUCCACCAUGCUUCGGUCAAGAAUCAACUACAUUGAAACGGUCGUGUCAGAAGCCAAAAUCGAGUCUGAACCGUUGCAGAGGUUGAUUGGGACGAUAACUAAAGGCCUCGGAGCACCUGAGCUGGUCACGAGCCUCAGCUCUCCUUUUGCCAAUUUAGUUUGGACGUGGGCAGAGGCCGAUGAGGAAGCUAAGAAGUAUGUAGAGAGCGAGACGCCCGAUGAGAAGCAAGCUCGAGUUGACCUUCGUGAACUCAUGAGAAUCGUCUCCACAUCAUCUGGCAUUCAACAGCUCGACCAGUACUUCAAAGAGCGAAGCUUCUUCGUCGAAGAAGGUACUAUCUCGCAUGCCGCACUCUGGACGCUAUUUCCCCCUGGUACUCUGAUCGUCUCGCACCCUUUCCUAGGAGAGCCCCAGAUCUUCACCGUCGAUUCGUGCGAUUAUUUUGUCCGUGAGGAACACACAUUCGAUUUGGUUUGUUUCAGCUUUGACUGGGCAGGUACCGAGUUUACACGUGUUCCAUUUGAGAUGAAAAUCCGUCACUGGGGUUCUAAUAGGAAAAGUAUCGCGGAGCUACCAUUCUACCCCCUGGAGUACUAUACUAGCCCAGUCGACAAAAACAUUACAUCGGAGGAUGCAAUCGCCCAACUCAAGGAUCAGCUUAUCGCUCGGGGAAAGAAAUUCGUCAAGCUCUGUACUGCUGAGAAAGGCAAACAAAUGCGAACAUACUCUGGCGAUGCACACUUUCACGCUGGCCGGAGCUUCGUCAACAGCGCCGACGACGAAGGAAUGCGCCGUAGUCGACAAGACGACGACUCGUCAACUUCCACCGAAACUGGUGCCGGAGGCCGAAAUAGCGAGGCCCGCUAUGUCAAGAGGAAGAAGGUCGAUGGCACCACCAUGGUGGACUUCGCCUCGUUCUUCGAAUAUCUCUCUCCCAAUACACCAAUUUUGGGAGAUCUAUCACAGUUCCGGGGCCAACUCGAGAAUUUGUCGCCCGAGAAGCGAGCCAACCCAAUCUACAUGGACAUGUAUAAGACUCACUGGGAUCGACAUGCACCUGGGAAGACCAUGUCGGAUGAUCAGUACCUGCACUGUCCCCCACGAGUACUCGGAUAUGCGCUAAAGCAGAAGAAGUGGGCGCAACUGCUAGUCGAUAAACUCAACCCGCCUAAUGAAGCCGACUCAAGUGUAUUCCACAAUAAGCUGCAACUCGAUCCUGACUAUAAAGAUCUGGUUAGUUGUUCCGUACAAGCGCACGAAUAUGGUAAGAACCUCAAUGCCAAGGGUGAGUCAAUGAGCUUGCAGGAUUUCGCACCGGAUAAGGGAAAGGGUCUCGUCAUCAUGCUCUAUGGUCAUCCGGGCGUUGGAAAGACUCUUACCGCAGAGAGCGUAGCCCUGAUGGCAGGCAAACCCUUGCUCUCUGUGGGUGUCUCUGAUAUUGGAAUCGAAGGUGACAAAGUCGAAGCAAACCUACAGAAGGUAUUUGACCUUGCAGGAAAGUGGGAGGCUGUACUACUCUUCGAUGAGGCGGACGUGUUCCUUGAAGCCCGUGGUCGCGGAGAGAACGAUCUGAGGCGUAAUGCCAUGGUUUCGGUGCUCCUUCGUGUUCUGGAAUACUACGAUGGCAUCUUGAUCCUCACCACCAACCGUAUGAGGUCGUUCGAUAUUGCCGUUCAGAGCCGCAUCCAUAUUGCGAUCAAGUAUGAAGAACUCGUGCAUAGCCAGCAAAUGGCAAUCUUCAAAUCUUUCCUCGAACAACUAAACCGCAAAAGGCUGGUCUACGACUACGAUGAUCUGCUAGAGUGGGUACACAGAGAGACCCGCAAACUAGCGUUCAAUGGUCGCCAAAUCAGGAAUGUAGUGUCGACGGCUAUGGGCAUCGCAUUGGUGGACGAAGCGAAUGGGGGAAAGCUGAAAAGAAGCCAUCUCAUUCGUGUUGUUGAGCAGACGAAGCAGUUCAAGCAGGAUUUGAUUGCUGAGGAGGAGUUGUACAAGAGGCUACAGAAGGGUAUAUCUUGA